AUGUCGUCCGUCAAUGGCUCCUACACGGCGACCUUGAGUCCCACGGUCGCCUCCUCCGAUACCACUGUCACGUUUCCUCCGCAUAUGCUCGCGAGCUCCAUCUCGUCUCUCUCUUCCUCGACCUCAUCACGCCACAACUCCCAGAUAUCAAAGACCUACCGCCAGGCCUCAACUCUGUUCCUCACGCGUCGGCUGCCCGAGGCCCUGUCGACCAUCCUGCCACUAAUCACCCCGCCGCCGGGACAGUCGGAGGACGGCGUAAACGAGCCUGCGCCCGUCGCGAGGGCGUCACGAUCCACGAGGAUCAAGGUCUGGAGCCUGUAUUUGACGACGUUGAACGCAAUCGUCGAACUGGAGCCGGACGAGGGAAAGGAUGCCUUCGGGAGCCAGGAGUGGCGGUCGCUAUGCUCCAAGGUUAGAGAGGGCGAGGUAUGGGAAGAAGUCGUACGCAACGGAUACCACGGCGUCGAGAGCGACGUCGACUCGGAUGUUGUCAUCAAUCUCGCCACGCUCCUCUUAGCCCACGCUCGGACGCAAGAAUUAAAUCAGAAAAAGCUGGAGAGCUAUCUUGCAGCAUCUACCUCGCCAAAUAUGGACUUCUCCAAGCAGUUCUCGGACGCUCCAUCACCGUCACCACGGCUGAACCGACACCGGUCUCCGGCCAAGGCCACGAGCGGAGCGGAUACGCCGAGGGACCUCAAUGCGCGGGUCAAGAUCCUCGAGCUGUAUACGCUACACGUGCUAAUCCGCAACAAUGAAUGGGACUAUGCCCGCGAGUUUAUCAGCGUGAGCUCAGUAUUGGACGACGAGCGCCGUGAAGCGUUCUUGCAAGCUCUGGAGAGCCUGCAGGAGGAGCAGCAAGAACAGGAGAGGCAAGAGACGGAAGAGCGUCGCCGGCAGGAGGAGCAACUGCGGCGCGACAUCGAAGAGGCGAAGCAGCUGAGGGCCGAAAACGAAGAACGAGAACGCCGAAGGUUAGAGGAAGAGAGGGCACGGAGAGAAGGGGCCGAAGGGGACUACGGCAUCGAAAAGACACCUAGUAAAGCAGGCUCGAGCAAGGGACGUCACGCGAGAGUGGUCUCCAACGCCUCCGGCUCCAACUCGAAUUCGAAAAUGCCUGUCUCCCGGGCGAAAGGAAAAUCGCCGACCGCACCAACGUUUGGGACGAGGGCUUCGAUGGUUUUGUCUCGCAUACGCGAGGUAAUAGACCAACUGGGGGCGUCAUUUAAGACGAACCCCAUGCUGCUGAUGCGGCUGGUGGCCUUCAUUUUGGGGUUGGUCGUCAUGUUCGGGCAGAAGAAUAUCCGUGAACGGAUACAGCGAGUGCUUGGUAACGGUUGGAACAAGGUUAAGGCAACUGCGGGAAUGGGAGUCAAGGUUAGCUACAUAUGA